AUUAAAACAAACCUCCAGCAGGAUGGCAACACAGUACAUACGGCUGGGAUUCCUGUGUUUGAUAGCGCUGUUAGAUGGCAUGCUUGACAGUGGAUUCGGAACGGCACUUCGAGACCUACAAUGCAUCUACAAAGUCACAUUACAGCAAGUCAGUCUGUUGCCUCCAGUUAUUGCAGCAGGUAGGGUGAUUGGAUCCCUGCUGUUCUUGAAGAUCCGUGGUCACUUCGACCUGUACGGUCUUACAGCCACAACCAUGACCACGGCUUGCUGUCUGUUGGCUGUUGUACCCGUUGUUCCUUCUCUGUGGAUGGCGCUAGUGGUAGCAGGUGGGGUAGGACUGGUCACCGGAAUUGCAGUGCAUGCAAUGAUGGUCUUGUCCGGAGAGAUGAGCAAAGGACAUGCGGCUUCCAUCCAUAUCAACAGCCUCGCUAUCUACAUCGGAGAAUUCAUCGGACCGUUGAUCAUUUCUUUUUUUCUAAGUGACAAUGACUACCAUCUUGAACACAGCACUAUCAGUGCUCCUAUGCAUCGCAGUCAUAAUGAUACAUUUGUCUCACAGAACAGCAAAGACGAAGUAUGCAACCAUUUCAGAUCGAAUGUAAUGUAUGGAUUCUUUUUCAUCGCAAGUCUAGGAAUAAUCGUGUUUGCUGGUUAUCUAUUCUCAGUACAGCUGCUUCAUGAAGACAUUCGCAUUAACGACAGUCACGUAAAAAAAUACCAAACUAUCAAAGCUCACCCCUAUGACAAGUUUGAUGUCAUAGUGAUACUUAUUAUGUUGAUAUACACGACUGUCUGUGCACCGAUGAUCUUUGUAUAUGGUCAGUUUUUACCAACGUUUGGAAUUUACUGCAGUUUAUAUAGUAGCACCAGACUGGUGACAAACAUAUCAUUAUCUUUUUACGCAUGCACCAUAGUUGGUCAGCUGCUUGGUGUGUUUAGCAGCCAAGUUGUUACACAAACUGUUCUUAUCAAUAUCUGCACCACUGGAGGCAUGCUCUUAUCUAGCAUGCUCAUUUAUGUAUCAGAAAUAAAUACAACAUGUUUAUGGAUAGGGACAAGUGUUUUAGCAAUAGUAUGUGCUCCUGUGUUCUCGGCUGUUGAGACAUGGGCUCUUGGUGAAAAUGAGCACAGGCAUAUCUUAUAUGGGAUAUCAUCAACAGCCGAUAUGGUGGGAUAUUCUGCCAUGUCUCUUCUGACUGGGCAACUGAUGGCCUGUGCAUUUGUCCAAAUGCUAAACUAUAUUAUGACGGCUGUUUCACUGCUACAGCUUUUAUUGAUCGUUUUAUUGUAUCUGACGUUAAAACGAGGUAAACAGGCAACCUCAGGGAGCGGAAGCUAGUCUUACUUUGAGAGGAUGACAGUACUUGACAAUGGACAGAGGCCAUGUACAACGACUGUGCUAGACAAUGUACAAUGGUCAUAUACAAUGACAGUGCUAGAAAAUGGACAAAGACCAUAUACAAUGACUGACAAGUGUGCUAGACAAAGACCAUAUACAAUGACUGACAAGUGUGCUAGACAAUGGUCAUAUGCAAUGGCUGUGCUAGAACAUGAGCAAAGGACAUAUACAAUGACUGUGACUGACAAUGGCCAUAUUCAAGGACUGUGCUAGACAAUGGAAACAACAGGUCAUGUACAAUGACUGUUAAAAUGGACAAUGGCCAAAUACAAUGACUCAGAGAAACAAUGGACAUUAUCACACAUAAAUGUCACUUUCUGAUUGGCUGAGCGCUCUUCUAUCAUUUCCAAUGUACCCCGCUUACA